AUGGAAUACUCCCACUGCCUCAGCGCUUGCCUGCAGGCCCUCGACUGCGAGGCUCCAUUCGACGCGCCCCCCUACGCGUCCAUGUACUCGGAAGGACCUAUAUCUUUCGGUGUUACCUCGUCUCCCGCACCCCAUGGAAGCCCUGAUUCUACAAUGUCAUCUGACUCUGUCGACAUUGGCGCGUCCUUCGCCUUCUAUACCCCUUCGGUUGUCUCUGCCGGGUCAAUGCUCGGGCUCAUGACCCCCUUUGGUUCCUCGUUGACCUUCCCCGAGGUCCCCAACUACCUCGACAACGAUAUUUUCGGAAACCUGGAUAGCACCUCACCGCGGGGGCGCCCGUUUGUUGGGGAUACGUUCCUGGGCCAACCGGUUGAUGGAUACGAUUCCUUCCUCGGUAACCCCUCCCGUCUCGGCGGUCGGAUCCACUCCCCGUACUCCCCGUCCCUCAGGACCUCAGACCACCACCAUGGUGGUGCAGAUGAUUACCACAACGCGCACAACGGGCCCUCAUCACCCUCAAACUAUUCUGCGUCAUUCUCAGAGCAUUCCUCGGUCACAUCUCCCGCCGAGGUGCUUUCCCCCAUCUCGGCUCUUUCACUGCCGCCCUUGCCUGUGACCCGCGCGUCUCGCGCCAAGGCAGCGAAUGCCACCGCCCAGCAGCAGGCACACGACUCGGAGGAGGACGCUGAUGGAUCGAGCGAGGACUCCGGCUCGUCAGACGAAUACGUGCCCUCGCUGAAGGCAUCGUCAAGCUCGCGCGGUGUUCCUCGGCGGCGAGGUACGCUCACGAGGAACACGCGCCAACACGCUCCAUACGCGCGGAGUACAUCCUCUGCACUUGCCGGACCGUCUUCGCCCUCCGCCCUGUCGUCCUCACCCUCCACGCCGUUGCGGCGGGUAGCAGCGCGGAACAAGCAGAUUGCGGGGCCGGUGCGUCUGCCGCGGCAGGGGGAGACGAAGUGCGAAUACUGCGAAGAGGAAAUUCCACGGUUCACGGAUCUGAAGCGACACGUCCUGACGCACAGUCCGGCCGCGCGCAGGUAUGUCUGCGGUGGGUUACCUCGAGCAGCGGCGAUUCGCGCCGGCGUCAAUGUGGAGGCCAGGUUGCCGUACGUGUAUGGGGGUGUGGCAUUCUAUGGCGGAUGCAUGCGCGAGUUCAGUCUGGCGGCAUCAUCACUGAACGGGCCUCUGGGCGAAUAG